CCUAAGCAUAUCCUGUGACCUCCCGACAGUCUGCAUGUUCAAGAUGGCCGCUUAAGUGGAGAAUUUACACCUCUCCAGUAAAACUAAUCCAGCAGCUAGUUGGCCGAACGACUUUUACCGUGGAAUUACCCUAAGAUACCAGCAACGUUUUCUUAUGCGUUACAUCUGAAGAGAUAAUAAUUGUUGAGGUUCGACACAUGGAGUAAAACAUACUGAAACUGUAGGGCAUAAAAAGCCUCUUUCCUUUAGUGCAGCAUGGACAGCUUCUUCAAGGCAGCUGUAUGUGAUCUGGACAAGCUGCUAGAUGACUUUGAACUCAAUAGUGAGGAACACGAAGGCAGGCCUGUUUCCCUGAAGCCCUCUGUGUACCCCUUCUCCUCACUUGGCCCUCAGUGUUCACCUAUAGAGCUGUCCCCAAAUCCACCAAGCCUCCCGGACCUUAAUUCUCUUCAUUAUGGAUUGACACCCGGCUGUCCUGAUGGUUCUGCCAGUCAUAACCCUAACCGCAGCACUGAUAGAGAGGUCAAAGGUCAGCCUCUCACUGGUGUGGACCUUCUGUUGUCUGUGGAUCGCAGGUCAGCCAAAAGCUCUACCCCUCCCUGUCCAGACAGAGCUUUGAAACCUGUCUGCGACCUUGUGAAUGACACAAGCUCAGCCAUUCUGGUCAGGUCCAGUAGCCACGAUGCCUUCAGUAAGCUGGACAUUGUGGAAAAGCAAAUGGAGGAAGAGGAAGCACUGCUUGUGGAUUUUAACAGCCCCGAAGUAGGACAAGAGCAAGAGGGUGCAUGCCAUAGUCGAGACACUCAAAAAGAGCAAACCCUUGUAGGGAAGGGAGAGGUACUGUUGAGUCUAGAUUUACAUCAGCAGAGUGGUGGAUACUCUGCCUCACUCAGUCUGCUUGAUGUCAUUCUCCCCGCAGCAGUGGAAAGGAGCUGUGAUCCUGCAGAUCAUUCACUAUCUUCAAUAGAUACUGACUUAGCUAAUAAAGAGGAGGGGGACAGUGAUGGGGGGGAUAUCUCUGACCAAGUAGUUGAGAACUCUGUGGAACAGAGUGAUCUGGAUCCUGUUGAUGGUGUUAAGAAAACUAGAACAAUCAAAGUUAGUAAAGAGAAUGAGUCUCAUGAAGCCUUGGAUGAAUGUGAAGCAGAGUGUCUUCCAGGUCAGGAAUCCAAAGCCUCACACAGCAAGCCGGUAGCCCUGUCAUGUUUACCCAUAGCUGUGUCCAUGUGCGGCGCUCUUGUGAACCCAAAGACCACAGAAGAUGAUUCAGGGGAAGCUGAGCUAUGCAUUGAUGCAGAUGUGUCUGAGAGCACAGAGGCAGAAUCCCUGUCAGGCCUGGAAGCCAAGGAGGAAGAGUCCCACCCGGAGGCACCCGCUUCCCACCCGGAGGCACCCGCUUCCCACCCGGAGGCACCCGCUUUACCUGCUUUUGUGGUCCAGGAGGUUGCAGAGGGCAGACAGUCUCCAGAGGGGCAACAACAGAUUUUUCUUGAAGCUUCUACAGAUCUUACCUCCACCAAUUGUUCAGAAACCAGCCUAGUAGAUCCUCCAGAGUUUGGUUUCGAGUACCUGCCUGAGAGCGACCAGGCUGAGCUGCUGGUUACAGAUGAGGAGUUGGAUGCUUUCCUGCAAGCACAUGCUGAAGCAGAACAGGGUGUUUCUUAUCCUGAAUCUCUCCCAGAAUCAAACAGGGCUCCAGAGGAAGGGCUUGUAAAACAGGACUUAGGUCUACCUUUUCCAGAAAGUGAUCAAGCAAUAUGUGUAUCUGCAGAGGGGAGCAUUAACCCUGGUGCUCUAUCAGUAUCAGAGGACUCUUGCAGACCUUGGCAAGACUAUUCUUCUGGGGUAAGCUCUCUGACCAGCAACACUUUCCAGUCCCAGCACAGCAGUAGCCCUGAUCUACAACCCUCCUAUGGAGGUGCAAGACCUAAACAGCUGCACUGCCAAACUGCAAGAUCUCCAGCAACAGGAGAAGAGGAAGAGGGGGAGCUGGCUCAGAUGUUAAGUGCUUCUACAACAGUGCCAAGUACUGCAGAGGAUGGAAAACGUUCACCAAUAAACCCCAGUAUUACAGAUGAGCAUUCCAUCAACUUUAGGGAUUCUAACCUUUCAUAUGCAACUCAGGAGGAUCAGGAUUACAGUGUGGUGUAUGAUGAACUGUCAGAACCCCCACCUUACCCUGGGGAGUUUACCACAGACAGUGCCAAGGCAGUGAGCUGCAAAAGGGAGGGAGUGGAGGAGCUAGGGAACAGACAGCCUGCUUGGGUGCCAGACUCUGAAGCUCCCAACUGUAUGAAGUGCAAUCAGAAGUUCACUUUUACCAAAAGGCGGCAUCACUGUCGUGCCUGUGGGAAGGUUUACUGUGCUGUGUGCUGCAACAGGAAGUGUAAACUGAAGUACCUGGAGAAAGAGGCUCGUGUAUGUGUCCUCUGCUUUGACACCAUUCACAGAGCCCAGGCUCUGGAACGGAUGAUGAGUCCUACAGGUCCUAGCCCAAACCCAAAUGUCCCAUCUGAAUACUGCAGCACAAUCCCCCCUUUACAGCAGGCCCGUGCUGCUGGUACUCUAAACUCCCCACCACCUACUGUCAUGGUGCCUGUGUCUGUUCUUAAACACCCAAGCAAUGACGGUUGUCCUCGUGAGCAAAAGCGCGUGUGGUUUGCUGAUGGUAUCUUACCCAAUGGAGAGGUGGCAGACACCGCCAAGCUGUCUGUGAUGAGCCGCAGGAGCUCCCAAGAGUUCAGUGGUGCCACCGCAGAUGAGACAACACCUGGCUUACCUGGGGCAGAGACCGGAGUUAACAGUGCAUCUUCCCCUGAGGCUGCUGUGGCAGCAGAGGUAGUUUGCCGCCCAGUGUCUGGACCCUGGGAUUUCGCGUUGCUUUGUGGAAUUGGUUCUUCAGUGAACAGGUUUCCCAGUCUGCUGCCAGACAAUGAAGACGAGCUGCCUCCACUGCUCAUUGCCACUGGAGAGGACGAAGGAGGAGAUGUUUUAGUUGAGGAGAAUCCUGCUCCAUGUCAGAUUCUGCACUUACUAGAAGAAGGCGGACCCCGUCCUCUGACAUUCAUUCUUAAUGCCAACCUGCUAGUCAAUGUCAAACUGGUGACAUACUCUGGCAGGGAAUGCUGGUGUUUUGGCUCUAAUGGGCUGCAGGCUCUGGGACAGAAAGAGUUAGUAUUUCUGUUGGAGUGUUUGCCUCAAGAAAAAACUCUUCCCAAAGACCUCUUUACCAUAUAUCUCAGCAUUUUCCAGGAUGCCCAAAAAGGGAGGUUUGUGGAGGAGCUGGAUAAUGUGACUUUUACAAGUAGUUUCUUGGGCAGUAAGGAUCAUGCUGGGAUGGUAUUCUUCUCUCCCACCUGCCAGUCUCUAGACGGCCUCACUCUCCCUUCACAGCCAUUCUUGUUUGGCCUGCUCAUUCAGAAACUGGAGGUGCCCUGGGCCAAAGUCUUUCCACUGAGACUGCUUUUGCGUCUUGGAGCUGAAUACAACUCGUAUCCCACCACACUGAUAAGUAUCCGUUUUCGGCAGUCAGUGUAUCGAGAGACAGGACACACCAUUAUGAAUUUAUUGGCUGAUCUAAGGAACUACCAGUAUAGCCUGUCAGUGGUGGAGGGCCUGAGGAUCCACAUGGAGAUGGGCCACAGCUACAUUGAUAUUCCCAAAAGUAGCUUCAGUGAGGUGCAGAAGGUGAUAAAUGCAUCCAAUGAACAUGUCAUCAGCAUUGGAGCAAGAUUCAGCUCGGAGGCCGACUCUCACCUGGUCUGUUACCAGAAUGAGGAGGGAAAUUACCAAACCCAGGCCAACAGCAUGCCUGGGAAGUCUCGGACAGUCACUGGGGCCAGUUUUGUGGUGUUCAAUGGAGCACUUAAAGCCUCCUCAGGUUUCAUUGCAAAGUCCAGCAUUGUAGAAGAUGGGUUGAUGGUGCAAAUCCCUCCAGAGACCAUGGAAUCUCUUCGCUCUGCCCUCAGGGAGCAGACAAACUUCCACAUACCCUGUGGCAAGAUUAAUGAUGAGCAGCUCAGAGAGAAUGUGACUGUCCGCUGGGUGGAGUGGAAUCCACCUGUCAACACAGGCAAAACUAGUGGAGUUGAUGGAAGAUCCCUAGAUGGAGUGUGUAGUGUGAGGAUGCAACAAGACACUGAGUUUGAGUCAGACAAUCGGCUGAUUACAUGCACUGAGGUAUUCUACCAGCUGAAGUCUCCAGACUGCAACCUGGCAUCUGUCUUAUCGUCCUGCAGUGUUUUUCAGAAGGAAAUAGCGUUGGCAACCUGCAGCGCUCUCACUCCUCACCUCGCCGUUCUCACUUCCAGCGGCAUCAACUCACUCUCACUGUGUGUCUCGACACAGGCUGACAUGGUGGAGUACCAGGCUGGCUCCAAAGGCAGUCUUCUCCCACAGCGCUACAUGAAUGAGAUGGACAGCGCUCUGAUCCCUGUCAUCCAUGGGGAGAGUGCAAGUGUGCCACAGACUGCCAUGGACAUGGAGUUCAUGUUCUAUAUCACACAUGCCAUUGAAUGUGCAUGUAGACCAUGACACACUCAAAGUUUUGGAGGCAAAAAAACAAAAACAAAGCUGCAGCUUCAGGCAGGAUGCUUGUUCCCAGCUGGAGCAGCAGCCACCCACACAGGAAGAAAAACAUUUCCACCCUGAGGUUUGUGAUUUAGAGGGAUCAAUGAUUGGAUGAUGGUCUUCUGUUAAGAAGCCAUUGUACUUUUGAGUGUUUCAUGUUCACCAAAGCUGCUUUAAUACAAGAAGCCAAACACUAAACAAGAAAUAUGACAACAUGACCAAAAGCAACCAAACUAUUCAAAGCGCUUUCCUCUGCUCUGCCUUCCAGACUCCCUGCUGGCCUCCGUCAGUGUGGAGUACCUCAGUGAAUGUUUCCUACAGACACUAUGGAAAUGGCUCUCAUUAUUUUUACAUUAAAGUAGGGACAUUAAUGAGCGUAGACAGGUGAUCAGGUGCUACUAUAGAGCUACUUGACAUACAUAGUUGGCUUGUUCUAAAUGCAGACAUCACAGGGCUCACUUUCUCUCAAGGUACUAUGCUCUCAUUUGACAUGAUGGUUGUGAUGAUACUGCACAGGAAAACAAUGGGCCUUCUGCAGGAAACCUUUUUGUAACUAUGUCCUGGGGCUGGGCUGAUGAAUGAUAUUUGAUUAAAAUUCCAAGUUUGCCUUUUAAUGAUAAUUUAUAAAAACUAAACCAAACUUCAUUACAGUGCACUGCUCUAAAGGACACCUAUCCACGUGCCCAGAGUUUCUCCCGGUUUAACUCAACUCAAGCUAAGAAAAGUAGAGUGUUUGAUCAACAAGGUCUAUCUACAGGGAGGAUUAACAAUCGCCUAUGUCUAUAUUGCUCAGGGUCUGGUUUGGUUUUUUUUUCCCCUCAAUUGAGUCUGCCUUCUGCAACAAGUAACAGUUGGAUAGCCGAGGCUUCAGCUCUCUUCCACUCACAAUGUAACUGCUAUGCAGGUCUCUUGGUGCACACACAUCCACUGCUGCUCCCUGCCCCAUUUGCAGCAACAAUCUCCCAACCAGCAUGGCAUGGACCAGUGAUGCUAAUUUUAGCUUUAUGUUAAAAACAACUCCCAAUUAUUUCCCAGCUGCCUACUAAAACACUCUGGUACUCUCACGACUCUCCCCUUUUUUCAUUUAUUUAUUUGUUUUCAUUUAAAUUAUAUUUGACAUAUAAUUUAUAUGUUAAAUUAUAUGUCAAAUAUAAUUGACAUAUAAUUGUUAACUGUUAACAAUUAUUGAGUUUUUACAUAAUGCUUAAGUGUGUUCAUUUUGUGUGACAGAAUCACUGGUUUAAUUGACAUCUAGACCUGUCAUGCUUUGUUACUUGUUCUGCUUUAUUUAUUGUCAGUUAAGUGUUACACAACAACUAAUCGCUGAUGCACAACAACCUAACAAGCUGACAGUGAAUAACGUGUACAAGUUACCGAUCUUAUAUUCGCCAAUAAAAUGUCAGACUUUAAAGAAAAACGACAGCCAUUAUGACAAAAAAUCAAAGUCAAAGAAACACAUUCCAAUGUGGAUAAAAGCAGAGACUGUGCACUACAUUAAACGACAGGUCUAGAAUAUACAUGAAUUUCACACGACAAAAGUGCAGGAUGCAACUCAUUCAGGGGAGGCAGCCUCACCAGUGUAAACGGUUAGCUCAACUGAGCUGCCCAGAUGUUUGGCUAGCUCAGUGUCUAGAUGACACUUCAUAAUCCUCUCAACUGAAAGCAUCUGAAAAACAUUUCUCUGAGCCCUGGUUGUACAACAGCAGCAAUAAUCAAGGAUUUAUUUAUUCUGUCAAUUAUAAUUCGUAAUUAUAAGGCCACACUUUCCUUACAGGCAAUGAGAGUGAUGGAAACAAACCUGUGGGAGUGAGUCUUUCCUGCAUGAGGCCCAGUGUGUGUGUCAGUAACAUGGCUGAAGUUUGCGUCUGGAACUUUACAAAUGUUUUUUUAAUUCCUAAAAAGUGAACAUAUGACAGGUAUAUUUUGGCAGGAUUAAGAGUGUUGACCUACUGACCUUGAUGAAACUACAGAACUAUUUGGAUAAUAGUAUUACAACUGGUGGAGGUGAGGGGUUAAAAUAUUCUCUUGUAGUUGAAUAUGUCUUUCUUGUUGAGUAGCUGACAUUAAAGCUGCUCAUUACUGAGCUUGCAGGUGUAGCUCUUCUCAGAGCUUUAGUUUCUGUUUCCAUCAUCCUGCUGGCACAAAAUUGAUCCAAUAGUAUGUUUGUCUUAAAAUCUUUCCAUUAUUAUUUGAUCAUCCAUCUUCACACUGAGGUUUCAUUUCACACUGAGAUCUUACAAAAGAAAAGAUGAUGUAAAUCCCGACAGUUUUUAUUUCUCAGAAGGAGGUGUAAAUUUAACAAAGAGGAUGCUAUAUUAAUUGUACACACUCUGCUUCUGGAUGAAAAUGUCCAGUCAGGGGAGUUAAAACAAAAAAAUCCCUCCGGUUUUUCACAGAGAUGCUCUUUCAGUGUUGAUGACUUCUUGCCAGAUCAAACACAAAAUACUAAUGAUUAUUUUCUCCUUUAAGAUGUUUUACGUUAUCUGCUUCAGUCUCAGUUAAAUGUUGUUUUUGCACAGCUAAUGAGAACUCUUUCAUUCAGUUCAUCUCACAACUUUUACUAGUUAUUUAAAAAAAUGAAGAUGAUUCUUUCAGAUGAGAAGAUUGAUUACACUAUUAUCAAGUCACUAACACAGAUUGUAUAUAAGCAAUGGAAUUGGCCACAGUAAUGUCACCAGUUAUGUGGGACUGAAGGUGCCUGUUUUCAUUGUGAGCAUUGUAGUGUUUUUGAAUUGGAUGUAAGGCGUGAUGGAUGGAUCAGACUGAAACUAUUGCUAUUCAGUCUGGUCGCCUCCUGUUGGCCAUUUAUAGAAAUUCAGAGUUAAAGCUCUUCCACAUUGGCUCCACUUUACAAGCCCAGAGGCUACCUCUAUCUUUUAUAUAGUCUAUGUUCAUGAAUUAGCUUAGCUUAGUUCAGUGUGAUGGGUAGAAACGGGUGAAACUGUGUAGCCUGGCCUCAUUCAGCCUUCAAGAACCAUCAAAGCUUACAAAUUAUUCUGUAUAUUUUGUUUGAUGUUUAGAAAGAAGGAUGAAAACCACUGGAGUUAAUUGAGUUAAUUGGUGGUUGGUUUUUAGUCUGUUUACAUGGAUAGAGCAGCUAAUUGUCUUUACCAGCUAACAUCAGACUUAAUGGCUGCCAUUGACUGACACAUUCAGUGACAGGUAACAAUAGCAGUGACACACUCAAGUAUUGUCACCUUAAUUCUGUGCCGACUAUAAGAUGCUGAAACAACUGGUUAUUUUGUUCUAAUGAAGACUUUGGUUUCUGUUGCAGAAAAGGCAGAACAAUAACAUUUUAAUUAUCAGCCAAAUUAUUAUUUUUAAGUGUUGUUAUUGGCCCAACUUUUCAGAGCUAAUUCUCUAUUGACCAUUUCUUUUAAGAUAAAUAAUUCCUAUGCUUGGUCUCAAUUUCGUUCAUAAUAUUAGUUCACUUCAUGUAGUACUAAAACUACUACUACAUGCUGACUUGUCUAGUGUGUAAGUUUGGACUGAUUAAUUAUCAAAUGGACAUGUCACGUUCUGCUCUUAAAUGAAAUGACAUUCUGAAUGUUAGACUCCGGUUGUCCCGCGAUUUACUGCAUGUUCUAAACUUGUUCUGCCUCUGACCACCCAUUUGGACAAUUUGCUGUCUGCUGCUGUUAGCUAGUAAGCUAGCAAAGCCACUAUCAUCAGUACUGAUGAUUACAGCCUCCUUCUGGCUGAAUCUUGUUUGGUGGUCCUUUUCUAUCAUUCAAGUAGCCAAGAACUGAGACACGACGGUGGUUUCCAGUCUAAAUUCAAGUGUCAUCUAGCAGCUUUGUGGCUUUAGUUUAAAAUUAACACACAAAUAUAAGAGUGGUAUCAAUCUUCUCAUCCAGGUUUUGUGCAGAAGGACAAAAAAAGCUAAUUUCCUCAGUUUAUUGAUUGGAGUAGGAGCUGUUUUAUACUGGGUUCAUAUUUUAGCAUUAUUUAAUGUCUCUAUAACAGCUUUAGGCACUUUAUAAAUAUCAGUGUGCUGAUGUGUUAGAAAAAAAAAAGGUUUGGUUUGACAGAUGCCUGAAGGCAAUCUGUCAAACCAAACCUUUUUUUUCUUCUUUUUUUCUUUUUUUUUUUCCGGUAAUGAUAUUUCUGGAUCCAAACUGGCAGUUAUCUCUUAUGAGUCGGAAUAAUAAAUGCUCCUGAAACUCAGAGUACACAGAGGUUAUGUCCCUGUAAAAUGCAUUCACUUUUGUGUCCACUGUUUGUAGCAGUGUUUUGCAGCCUCCAUUUGUCUAAAGCUAGGUCUGAGUUUGUUUGUUUUGUUUUGUUUUUUAGGGCAAAGUGCAUUGUGUCGCAUCUCAUCUCACUUUUCAGUCAGGACUUUUUUCCCAAAUGUAUAGAUGAUAUCCUGUACACAUAGAGAUUGUAUCAAACCUUGUGCAUUUUUUAAAUAUUAAAAGUUAUUUUUGAAAUGUUGGUAUAAAAGAAAAAAAAGUUAAUAUUUUUGAUAGAAGGUUGGCUACAUUAAUUCUGCAGUUUGUGUAGCAAGCUGUUUGAGAGGAGAAACAAAUCAAGAAAUGAAUUAAUUGUUAGAAGGUGGAAAUAUCUAAUCUCAAAAUACAUGAAGCGCUUUCGUUUGACAUGAAUGUUUUUGGUAAAAAUCUGAAUACUGAGCUUAGUUAUGAACUCUUCUGCAAGUCGUGCUCUAAUUCUUAGCAACAACUGCGUUAUUAUGAAUACUCAUGUAAAGACUUGUAAACCUCCAGGUUGAUUGCAGUCUUCUAGAUGUAUGAAGGUUUAUACAGUUUUUUUUAAUCACUGAAAUCUGUGAGUUGUUGAUUAACUUCUCCAUGUGAGAUGUUUAUUAAACACUAGAAAGGUCAACUGCCGUAACUGACUGUGUUGAUUUUUAGCCAUGCAUGCAAUGACUGAAUGUUAAAUUGGGAGGCUUUCUAGCUUCAGUAGAAAUCUCUCACCCUUUGGAGAGGCCGUGAUCUAUUGCCUGAAAACUGCAUUUAUGUACACCUAAUCUGCAGAUGAUAUUUUCUGCUAACAUAAAAGGUUGUCCAAAGAUUUAGAUUGGCUAUAAAUCUGACCUGUAAAAAACCUAUGCAAACGAAAUGUGUUCAGUGGACUGAAUAAGCUGAGUCUGAAUCUGUAUUUAUAUCGAAUCUGUAUUUAAGGUCCUUUACUAAACACCAACCACACUUUAAUCAGGAGCUCACAAAGACUUACUAUUUUCCACCUAAAGCCGCUUUUGUUCUUUAUGGUGGAUUAUCUAAAGUUGUUAUUAUUACCAUUACCACCAUUAUCAUCAUUAUUAUUAUUGUUGUUGUUGUUAUUGAGUAGUUUGAAAAAUGAAAAAUGUGAGUUUUGAUUCUGAUGUAGAAAGCGGGUAUGAGGGGAAAUUGUGCCGUUUAUACUGCCGUGCAAACAUCUCUGAAACGUACGGCAGUGGUUUAUGUAAAACUUAUUGAUUUUUACAAAGUCCACCUUUUUCCCCCUCCAUUACAAAAUGGACAUGUUCUCCUUCCACAGUCCAAAGCCUAAUAGCUUUGGAUUUUGGGACGAGAACAUGUCCAUUUUGAGAAGUAUUUUGGGAGGCAAAUUAUUCAAAUUUCUUUCUCUCUCGUUAAAACAACCUUCCACUGUGUGAAAAUGAGAAGUAUUGAUUGAUUUGAUGUAAGUUUUUGUAAAUCAUCCAUUUAUUCAUAAGACCAGCUUUACUUUUUGAGGACCCUGCGGUCUGCAUCCUAACCAGUUUCUGAAUAGCCUGUGUAUUUAAAGAAUAAAAGAAUUUUAUGAAAAAACAAAA